UCAGGCACUGCUAGGAGAGCAGAUUAUGAAGCGGAGCUCAACCAGCGGCAGUCUCCUUUCAUUGUCUCAAUGGCUGCACACGCGUUCCUCCUCUGCUCCCUCGCCUUGCUGUCCGCUCUCAGCCGGCCUGGGCUCUCCUUCACUGAGGACGAGCUGCAGCCGGGACUCAUCUAUGACGAAGUGCCUGAAAUCCUGGACAGAAGCAAAGAAAACCCCAAACAAGCAACAAGAGUCACAUCAAGUCAAGAUGGUGGGUACGGCUUAGAAAGUGAAGAGGUUAUUUUGACGCCUGAAGAUGAAAACCCACUCAGGAGAAUACUGCAGCCUUUUAACUGGCAUCAGCCAGGGAUGUCUCUCAGUAAGAGGAAGCUGCUCCAGUCUCUGAUGGGGCCUUAUGGCCCGCUGAGCGUGUCUUACAAUGGGAAGACCUGCAUUCUGUUCAAAGCAAAGCGCCUGGCAAUCCGCUACAGGAACCAUACCUUCAUUGACCUGACUGAGAAGGUCUUCAACCCCAACUCACCCGUAGACACUAAAGGCUCCAUCUGCACCAAGGAAAAGGCGACGCUUUCAUUAAGGUUUGGUGAUGUGGAGGACUUGCGAGGUCUGGUAAUCAGGCUUCAGAUGUCGAACACUUUUUAUGAGGCAGCUGGUCAAAACUGGUUCACACUUGACAGCGUCCACAUCCACUACAACUGGACCCAGGAGGCCACAUUUAACGCCAGCGAGGUCUACGCUCCUGCCACCUCAUCCUACCAUUGCCAGCACGUCAGCAGCCUGCACAAAUAUGACACCCUGCUAGUGCCCAGCUCCCACACUGACACAUCAGCUAACUGGCACAUCACUUUCACUGAUUUCCAGAUCCAGGCCUUCAAUGUGCAGUCGGACAAGUUCGCGUCGGCCAGCGACUGUGCCACUUUCCUGACGCCGGCCAUCCUGAUGGGCCUGGUGACAUCUCUGAUCCUGCUCCUCGUCUUAGCCUACGCCCUGCACAUGGUGGUACACCUCAAGCACAUCGACCGCUACGAGGAGCACAAAGCCACCGUGUACUUUCCCCGCAGUCCAGAGGCCGAGUUGCCAGACAAGAACAGCCUGUGAGGGGAGCUGGAGGACGGCAGAGGGGAGAGAGAAAGCUGAGAAGCAAAGCCGAGGGGAGUGCAAGUGAAUACAAGAGUGAAAAAGUAUCCUCCACAGAAUAUUUGUUCAACAAAAUGACAACUUUGCCUGUUCAUAUGAAAACCCUCUAAGUCUUAACUACUUUAAGUAAACGCAGACCGUGGCUGGAUACUUUUUCUUCUUUCCUCAUUGACCUGCAUUUUGGCAUCCACAUUUCGAAGAAGGCCUUUGGAUGUUCAAUCCUCCCCCCUGAGAGAUGGUUCAUGAUCCUAAUGUCAGAGGUCAAGGACAGACCCAGGGCCCUGAAGGGCAACAGCGUAUACAGGCCUUUACCCCAGUCAGCCAUUAAAACCACAAACGGCUAGCACCUGUAGCUAAUACUGCUAACAUCAGAUGCUCCUGAUUACACGUAUGUAUUACAUGGCUCACAAGUGUCAUAUUACAAGCUUCCAUCACACACACACAUUGUCUUUCCAGCUUUCAUUAGAGUGUACUUUGUCUGAUACUGCUGCAAGAAAUAUAUACUUCAAACAAGCCGGUUUUUAUAGCUGAAAUAGCCGUAUUAGCUGCAUGCCAUAAAAGGCUGGUCUAUUUGGGCUAGCACAGUGUUUCCUAAUUACAAGGAUUACAGAGAGUCUUGCAUGAGUACAGCUUAAAAAUAAAACAACAUGGCACAAAGCAAAGGGAGCUUAAAAAGCUUUGGAGUGAAGCGAAGGGGAAAAAAUAUUGGGAACCACUGGUCUAGCAUCUGGCUGGAGUGAACGGACCAGCACUACUGGCCCUUCAGAGCCUCUGGCGUCUCUCAACCCCGCCCCUGAACAAGACUGCUGCUUGGGACUUAACUGUGAAAACGGCCUUUUACAGACCAGCCAGACGACAGGGGGGUUCGACAAACUAGCACAACAUUGGUUGGCCGCGAAAGCGCUAACUACAAACUAUCAAAGACUAUACAAGGAACUAUGCUGCACAAGACUGCCCAUCUGAGGGCGUGGCAGGAAAGCGGGCCUUGCGCUGACUUGACUCUCUGAGAGUCAAGUGUUCGGACAAGGGAGGCCAUGGGUCCUCCAUCCACACCACUGGGUUUGACUGCCAAAGUGAAGCCACAAAAGGAGUUGCCAUUUAAACAUGGUGAGAGACGGAGCGAGACAAUGUGAAAAAGGAAAGCUAACCGUUACAGCUAUGUACAAAACAAAAACACAUACAUGUACAGAA